AGCGCGUCCGGGAUACAGAGUCCUCUAGAUCUUGCUUUCUAAUUCUCAUAUUCGAUCUCUGAUCUCUCUCGUUCCGUCAAAGGUCGAUCUGUUUAGGUUUUAUUUUUCGAAUUUGGAUCUUCGAAGCUCGAUCAAAGCAAUGGCGAAAGGUAGACACUCUCGCCUUCCAGCUCGAAAAUCAUCGUCGACGAUGAUUUUGACUGUGCUCCUCAUGUUCACAUUCGUCAUUCUCAUACUUCUCGCCCUCGGAAUUCUAUCUAUUCCUAGCAAUUCCGGUGAUCCCUCUCGCAAAGCCAACGAUCUGAGCACCAUCGUCCAUAAUAAAGUGGACAGAAUCGAGGGAGAUGAUGGUAAACGGGAGCAGUGGGUGGAGGUGAUCUCGUGGGAACCUCGGGCUUUUAUCUAUCAUAAUUUUUUGAGCGAAGAGGAAUGUGAUUAUUUGAUCUCUCUUGCCAAGCCUCAUAUGCAAAAAUCUACAGUUGUUGACAGUGAAACAGGAAAGAGUAAAGAUAGCCGGGUGCGAACAAGCUCUGGCACAUUCCUUCCCAGAGGUCGUGACAAAAAGAUCAGGGAAAUUGAGAAGAGGAUUGCUGAUUUCACCUUCAUACCUGUAGAACAAGGGGAAGGACUCCAAGUUCUUCACUAUGAAGUAGGGCAAAAAUAUGAGCCUCAUUUUGACUACUUUAUGGAUGAGUUCAAUACCAAGAAUGGGGGUCAACGCAUAGCAACUGUUCUUAUGUAUCUCUCAGAUGUUGAAGAAGGUGGUGAGACAGUAUUUCCUUCUGCCAAAGGGAACUACAGUGCUGUGCCUUGGUGGAAUGAAUUGUCUGAAUGUGGAAAAGGAGGGCUUUCUGUUAAACCAAAGAUGGGCGAUGCAUUGCUUUUCUGGAGCAUGAAACCUGAUGCUUCUGUGGACCCUUCAAGUCUGCAUGGCGGUUGCCCAGUGAUUAAAGGGAAUAAGUGGUCAGCCACCAAGUGGAUUCGUGUGAAUGAGUACAAAGUCUGAACUACAGUCUUAAAGUUAAUUGUAUGACUAAACAUCUGAAUUGUAAGAUGUCCCCCCUUCUCCCCCUGAGAGGAAGCUGAAGCACUAACAGGCGCCAAGUGUAUGUGUAAUCUUCUUCUUGUAUACAGCUGAGCAUAAAUUUUGAUAUUUCACUGUUGGGAGCCUUUUCAUUGGAUAGUUUUAUUUGUGGUUACAGCAGCAUUAGAUUGAACAUUGAAUUGCUGAUAUAGAAACACUUAUUUCCUGAUUUUGUAACUGAGUUUAUAUUUGCCUUGUCCAAUAAUGAAUUUCCGGUAUUUGUUUUA